AUGGAGAAGGAGCAGGCCGAAACUGUAGAGGAGCAAGCGCUGGUUUACAAUUUCUCCCAUGUCUCCUUCAACUUUAGUAUCGCCAGUGUCUCGAAUAUCUCUAUCCUCUUACUACGCUACGAGAAUAGAGCAAACUAUUCCCGUCCACCCCGGCGGCUUCGCUGCACGAUCAUUGGCGCCGGUGUCUCCGGCCUUCUCAUGGGUUACAAGCUGAGGAAGCAUUUAAAGGACUACGUUGAUUUCCAGAUAUUCGAAAAAUCGCCCGAGCUAGGGGGAACUUGUUACGCUUCGUCGCAGGAGAUCAACAGCUAUCUCAAAGGAGUCGCGCUCCAUUUCGAAUUGGAGCAAUUCAUCCGAUACAAUAGCAAGGUUAUAUCUGCAGAGUGGUCGGAUAACACAAGUACAUGGACGGUUCAAAUUGAAAAUGGCCCAGCCGUCGAAGCGGAGAUCCUAGUCAACGCAAGCGGCAUUCUUAACAAUCUCCAAAUGCCUGACAUCGAGGGCCUAUCGACAUUCUCAGGCCCCGUUUUGCACACCGCUCAAUGGGAUUCCUCAGUAGACCUCCGGGACAAGAAAAUAGGUGUUGUUGGCUCCGGAGCAAGCGCCAUUCAGCUACUUCCCCAGAUUCAGCCUCUAGCAGACAAGAUUCACGUGUACAUUCGAACCCCUUCUUGGAUCUGUCCCCCUGUGGCGUUGCCAGAUGGCGGAACGGCGUCUUACGAAUACCAGGAACGCGAAAAAGAACGGUUCAGGUGGAAUGACGAGGUAUACUUGGAAACCCGAAAGGCCAUGGAAGACAAGUUUAACGGAAUGUUCCGUGCCUUCGUCAAGGACAGCCCCGAACAGAGAGACCUACGCACCAAGUUCGAGGCUCGUAUGAAGUCGCUUAUCCCAGAUGAGGUUUUGCAGAAGCACUUGAUCCCCUCGUUUGAGGUAGGGUGCCGGCGCAUCAAUCCUGGAGAGGACUUCCUUAUAGCCCUUCAAAAGCCGAAUGUGGAGCCUGUUUUCCAUCAAAUCGAAAAGAUCGUCCCUGAAGGUACUAUUGCCGGUGGCGUAUUGUAUCCGGCAGAUGUCCUCGUGGCUGCAACCGGAUUUAAUACCACCUUUACGCCCCGGUUCCCCAUAAUCGGUUUGAAUAGAGUGAAUCUGCAGGACCUGUGGUCGGAGAAUCCCAUCUCCUACUUGGGGACAGGCGUGGCGGGAUUCCCGAACUAUCUCAUUUUCUUAGGUCCCAAUACGCCCAUCUCGAACGGCAGCUUGAUGGGGGCUCUUGAAGCCACAAGCGACUACUUUAUUCGGAUCCUGCGCAAGAUGAUUCGACAGCGCAUCAAGUCAUUCAAGGUUCGCCCCGACGCCCAGAGAGAUUUCGACGUGCAUACGCAAGCCUCCAUGCGGGACAUGGUCUGGACAGGUACAUGCCGCAGUUGGUUCAAGAGAGGCGUCGAUGGAAAAGUGACGGCGUUGUGGCCUGGGAGCUCCCUCCACUACAUGCAAGUACUUGCCGAAAACCGCUGGGAAGAUUACGAAUGGGAAUAUGAAGGAGAGCGAUAUGCGUACUGGGGACACGGAUUAUCAUGGGUUGAGAGUCCCAAGCUGGACCCUCUGGGAAUCGAAGAGCAAGAGGCCUGGAGGACGGCAACGACAAUUCCACGUAAGGGCUCCGAUCUAAGUUUCUACCUGUGGAAAAGCCCGCCCCUCCCGCGGAGUUGUCUUCUUCCAUUCCAAAAUAGCCAGUCGCGGCUGCGGACCCGACCCGACCAGGGGGUGGAGGUGACCGAAAAAGCUACCAACAGCCCAAAGGAGGUUGUCGCACUAAAUGGCGUACUCGGCGGAGUCGCAACUGACUCCGGAAAAGAGCAGCGUGUGGGUGUCACUGUACCGGUGUAA